UUUAACCCCCGAGGGGCUGGUGUGUGUGAUGCAGAGCAGUUCCCAGCAGGCAGGGGGUGUGUGACACAAAGCAGGGGAUUGUUUGUGUGGAGCUCGGCCAGAUGUGAGCAGUUCCUCCAGUCUCCCCUGUCUGUCUGUCUGUCUGUCUGGGAGGAUUGGGGCGCAGUCUAUAAGAGAGUGUGAAACACAUUUGCACCGACGCUGCUGUAACCCCUGAUGUGCUGAGCAGGACCGGCUGCCAAUGCAGAGGAGCAGUGAGUUGCUUAAGAAGUGACGCCCAGGAAACGGCCGAGACACAAGUGAGAGAGACAGACGGACAGUUCCCGGGGCCCCUCCAGUAACCUGGGGCCACACCAGCCUGAAUAUGGAUUGAUGCACUUCCCUGGCACUCGCACUUAAUGGGGGCACUGGACCCCAGGUAAGGAUCACCAUGCAGUUUGGAAUCUUCAAGGUGUGCCUGGUGGUGGUCACAGCCAUCGUGAACCACCCUCUCCUCUUCCCAAAUGAAAACACGACUCUCCCUGCCACUGAUGAGCAGAUCAUCCAGAAGAUGAAGGAUCGGGAGGAGAGUCUGAAAGCAGAGCAAAUGCAUCUGGAACAGAUGUUCUCCAGUACUGUGAUAAAGGAAAAGGGGGAAGAAGAAGAGGCCAGUGAAAAAACAGAAGCUGCAGCAGAUGAACCACCUUUGGAUUUCUGGAGUGCCCUGUCAAUGGUCAUUUUCUUGAUGAUUGAGAUAUGGAGGCAGGACUUUCAGGAAGGCAGUGCUCAAGCUCCCAGUAAGGAAGAAGAUGACCUGCCAUUCUUGGGCAACAACUGUCAAGGAGUGUCCCUUCUAAAUAAGGAAACCCUGGCUAUCUUUUAUGAGCAAUAUAUCCGACUCACAACCCAUGAUGCUGUCAAGACUCGAGAGUUUGUGGAAGGCUUUGCAGAUGAUUUACUAGAGGCCUUAAGAAGCAUUUGUAACCGAGAUAAAGACAUGGAGGUGGAGAACAGCAUAUGUAUUGGAAGUAUGUAUGAAACCUGGAGCGUGAAGAAGCCCUUAACCUGUGACUUGAUAGUACCAUUUGCACCACCAGAACCAUAUCAGUUUAGAUGCCAACCCUGGAUCUCAAGUCAUUCAAUUUCUCCAGACAAACAAGGUGAUUGUGGAACGAUUCAGGUCAUUGGACCCGACAAUGUAUCUAAAGGUUGCGUUUGCGACAGGACCAAACUUGGAGAAGAUAUGCUAUGUCUUCUCCACAACCCAACACCAAACAAGACGAAGGUGGUCAGGGACAUUGACCUGUUGUGUUCUAAAGAUACAGACUUCCUGGAUACCAUCCAGGUCAUGAAAUGGUUCCAGUCGGCUGUAACGAUAGCCUGGGGUAAGAUUUCACAUAAGUAUGACUUUGACCUGGCUUUCAGUCAUUUGGAUACUCCAGGGGCCUUGAGAGUGAAAUUCAGAUCUGGAAAGAUAAUCAACUUCAAUAUCACGCCGGUGGUACAGUUUGAGGAUUCAGACUUAUAUUUCAUAUCCCAUUUCCCAAACAGUCCAAGACCUCAUGACUCCAACAUCCAGUGGGUUCUUUCCUUUGCAGUAUAUGAGAAAAGGUUCCUCAAGGAUAUUGCUAAGAAGCUUCCAGUUAACUCCUGUCAUUUGAGCUGCCUUCAGAUAGUGUCCUUUCUUCAUUCUAAACAGUGUCAAAUCACCGGGUCAAGCGGUCUGACCACCUAUCAUCUAAAGACAGUGCUGCUUCAUCUUUUGCUUUCCCGACCGUUCUCCGACUGGGACGUUGUCAUGCUUGAGGAACGCUUGCGAGACAUGUUCGUAAUGCUGGAAAAGUGUCUGCUGGAAAAGAAGCUCUACCACUUCAUGGUUGGAAACCCUAAAUUACCAGAGAGUGUCAACAUUCCAGAAAGCUUCCAUUGUGCAGAACCCCUUAACCUCUUCCGCUCAUUCGUCCUCAACCGAGACCUCUAUCAGAAGACACUGGUCAUGUUCUAUGAGAUGCUGAAGAACGCCACUGUUUUGAUAAAUGAAUACAGCUUGAGACUUCCCUCCUCGUCUUUAAACAAGUGAUCUCAUUAAUGCCCCCAGGGUGGGGAAAGUAAUAUGCUUUAUAUAUGAAUAUGUUGCAUUCAGUGAAUGCUCCGAGACAACUGGCCAGGGAGCACUGAAGGACACACACUGUAUAUAAUGGCAUUGUGGGACGUAACAAAUAUCUGUGGGUUCAAAGACUCAAAGGAGUCAAGGGGCUGAAUAAGGUAAAAACUUACCUGCAGGAGGCGGUGCAAGUAACCAAGAAGCAAUCAGUGAUGGCCAUUGCCACUACUUGGAUAAAGGAGGGAUACUAACUCUUGUUCAGGAAAUUUUGUGUAACCCCUCAAGGUAUAUCUAAUACUUUGAUAGUUCUGGGGAACCCAGUGGUGGGCUGCUGAAAUAAUAUCCAGAAAAUCCUCUCCAAGAAGUCACAAGAUUCUCUAUACUUCAUAUUAAGUUAGUUCCAUCUGGCACAGAGCUGGCGUUAAAGGGGUCGUUCACCUAAAAAUUAACAGUAAGGGGCAAAUUCAUCAAGGGUCGAAUUUUGAGGGGUUAAAUCCCUCGAAAUUCGACUGGGGAAUAGAAUAGAAUAGAAUCGAAUAGGCAAUU